CUUGAUUAUGACUGUAUUGCCAAGUUGAUGACGACAUAGAGUAUGAUGCAAUGAGUCAUAAUGUGAUUCCCGGUAUCGGGAGCUAAUCGACAUUAAAUUCAUUGCAGCUAAACUGAGCUCUUUCACAACACUAUACAGUAUUGGAUUGUCAUAUAGCGCUCAUAAGUUACGAAGGUCAUCAACAUGCAGUCAAUAUCUGCCGAGCUACGCAAUCGUGCUUGGAGGAAGGACGAUUACCUGGUCUCCACCGACUCCAAGCUCAUCCCCCUCCCAACCCUACAUGCCGCAUUCGCCUCAUCAACGCUCUACUGGGCAAAAGAGUUGCCCGAUAAUGUUAUGCGAGAGACUUUGGAUAAUUCAUUGUGCUUUGGUCUGUAUAGACUGGCCGCAAAUUCUUCUGGGGAGCAUGUAGAGCGCCAGUCAGCCGAUCAACCGCCUAUCUCAUCCAGUACGACGACCGAUUCUGACCUCGUCGGGUUCGCGCGUUGCGUUACAGACUAUACCACAUUUCUGUACCUGACGGAUGUUUGGGUAAAUCCGAGUUCCCAAGGAAACGGGCUAGGAAAGUGGCUCAUUGCGUGUGUGCAAGAGGUGAUUAAGGACAUGCCACACUUGCGGAGAAGCAUGCUCUUCACCGGUGACUGGGAGAGGUCAGUGCCGUUCUACGAAAAGAUUAUGGAUAUGAGUGUCCUCGAGACGAAGAGGGGAAAGGGUUUGGCCAUCAUGGAGAUGAAAGGAAAGGGGCACUGCAACUAUGAUGGAAGUGGGAGCGCUUAUCAAUAACUAAUGUUUUGCACAGUUUUGCACGGCGCAAACUGAAUCAAAUUUCUAGAUGAUCAUCAAAUAUACUUGACGAUAUAGGAAGAAAU